AUGGACGACGACAGCCCGCUGUAUCAACUGAAUACGCUCAGCGAGUACCUGUUCGACGAGCUGAAGUUCGCGGGCAACCACACGAAUUAUUACGAUCCCCGCAACAGCUUCCUCAAUGAUGUGAUAGAGCGGCGGCUGGGCAUUCCAAUUACGCUGUCGUUGCUGUAUAUCGAAGUGGGCAAGCGGCUGGGGGUGCCGCUGCUGGGAAUCGGUAUGCCGGGGCAUUUUGUCGUGAGGCACAGGGACGACCCCGAUAUUUUCGUGGAUCCCUUUCACGGCGGGAUAUUGCUGUCGGAGGAGGAGUGCGCGGAGCGUCUGAAGCAGUCAACGCAGGGGGCGCUGGCCUGGGAUAGGGAGUACCUGGCGCCCGUGAGCAGCCGCGCCUUUAUCGCGCGUAUGCUGCGAAACCUGAAGGUGGUGUAUUUGCAGCGGCGCAGCUAUGAGCGCGUGCUGGCGACCAUUGAUCGGGUGAUUGCGCUGCUGCCCCAGGAUGCGGUGGAGUUCCGUGACCGCGGCGUAGUGAAUUACCGACUGGGCAACUACGCAGAUGCUCUCGAAGACUUGUAUGUUUAUGUGGAAUCGGGUGAUGUCGUGCCCGAUGAGGAUACGGUGCGGAAACUGAUGGAUCAGAUUCGAGGCAGGCUUUAA